GAAAGUUAUUGAGAGACAACAACAUUAAAUCUCAAGUUUGAAAAGGCAAUUGCUUAGACAGAAAUUGUCAAAAAAUAAAACUUUUCAAAAAUUUAAAUCAAAGGAAUUUUCAAUUCUUUUUGGAAUGCAAAAUCAUAAAGAGAGGCAACCAUGGAAGAAAGAAGAGAAGAGAUUGGCCAUUAGCAUAUUUUUGCGUUCACCAUCUACUUAUAGAUACUUCCGCGAAAUAAUGAUUCUUCCCAGUGAAUCGACAAUUAGAAUGUGGCUUUCUUCGAAAAAAUGUCAUUCCACAGGUUUCAACAAAAAUCUUUUUGAAAAAAUUAAGAUAAAAGUUGACACCAUGUCAGACAUGGAGAAGGCUUGUGUAUUGAUGUUUGAUGACAUGUCAAUCAAACAAUGCCUCGAAUAUUCUCCUGUCUAUGAUAUUAUUGAGGGAUUCCAGGAUUUAGGCAGGCUUGGGCGAUCGAACAAAAUAGCCAAACAGGCAAGUGUUUUCAUGAUUAGAGGGUUAUAUUAUCAAUGGAAACUUCCCAUUGGCUAUUUUGUGUCGGAAAAAGGUUUGAAUGGGAGCGACUCAUCAUCAUCAAUAAAAUGUUGCAUUUCAAGUCUUGAAAAUAUUGGUCUUGCAGUGAAGGCCAUUGUCUGCGACCAAUCCACAACUAAUACGAGGGCCUUGAAGGAAUUGGGAGUAUCUAAGGAGGCCCCAUAUCUCUUGAAUGGCAAAGGAGAUAAGAUUUUUGCAAUAUAUGAUCCUCCUCACCUUUUGAAGACAUUGAGAAACAAUUUACUAUCUCAUGAUUUCAUAUAUGAGGAGAGGAGGGUCUCAUUUGAUGAUAUUGUGAAGCUGUUUGAGCUUGAGAGACAGAGUGGGACUAUAAGAGCUGCUCAUCAACUGUCCUCAGCUCACAUCUCACCCAACAACUUCCAGAAGAUGUCUGUCUCUCUAGCAGCUCAAAUUUUUAGUCACACAACUGCAGCAGCGCUCAAAACUGCCAUUGCAACUGGCCAAUUGACAACAUCAACUGCUCUAGAAACUGCAAAUUUCCUACAAAAAAUCAAUUCCUUGUUCGAUGCUAUGAAUAGCCGAACACUUUUUUCUAAAAAUCCCGACAACUGUGCAUUAAGCAAACAAAACCCAAAAUUAUUGCACUUUUCAAUGAAACCCUGGUUCUAUUCACAAAUUUAAAAAAAAUAAUGCCAGAUCCUCAAGACCGCCAUGUUUUGAUGGGUUUAUAAUAACUAUUACUUCCUUCCUGCAGCUUCUGGAAAGUGAAAAAUGCAAUUUUAUUCUUACAUCACGUUUAAAUCAGGACCCUCUCGAAAAUCUGUUUUCCUCAAUCCGUCAGAGAGGAGGAUUCAACC